AGACGGGGUCCCAGGGGGGCCGUGACACUCGCCACCCAUCCGCUCUCUCAUCUCCGAGCCGUUGGGAAGCGGGUUGUUGGCCAGAUAAGUCCCAGAAAUUGCCUGCUUUGAGGCAUGAAUACGUGUGGAGAGACUCUCAGCAACGAAUUUUCAAGAUGAAUUAUACAGAGACCAGCCAAUUGGCAGAACCAACUGCAAUAGGCUUUACACCUGAGUUAGAAAGUAUCAUACCUGUGCCUUCCAAUGAGACCACUUGUGAAAACUGGAGAGAGAUACAUCAUCUAGUUUUUCAUGUAGCAAAUAUUUGUUUUGCAGUUGGGUUGGUUAUUCCAACUACUGUUCACCUUCAUAUGAUAUUUCUUAGGGGGAUGUUAGCUAUAGGAUGUACCCUUUAUAUUGUCUGGGCCACUCUCUACCGAUGUGCCUUGGAUAUAAUGAUCUGGAACUCUGUGUUCUUGGGUGUCAACAUUUUGCAUCUUUCAUAUCUUUUGUACAAGAAAAGACCGGUGAAGAUUGAAAAGGAACUCAGCAGUGUCUACCGACGGUUGUUUGAACCACUCCGGGUCCCUCCAGAUUUGUUCAGAAGAUUAACUGGACAGUUUUGCAUGAUCCAAACCUUGAAAAAGGGCCAGACUUAUGCUGCCGAGGACAAAACCUCAGUUGAUGAUCGUCUGAGUAUUCUCCUGAAGGGAAAAAUGAAAGUCUCCUAUCGAGGACAUUUUCUGCAUAACAUUUACCCCUGUGCCUUCAUAGAUUCUCCUGAAUUUAGAUCAACUCAGAUGCACAAAGGUGAAAAAUUUCAGGUCACCAUUAUUGCAGAUGAUAACUGCAGAUUUUUAUGCUGGUCAAGAGAAAGAUUAACUUACUUUCUGGAAUCAGAACCUUUCCUGUAUGAAAUAUUUAGGUAUCUUAUAGGAAAAGACAUUACAAAUAAGCUCUACUCAUUAAAUGAUCCCACCUUAAAUGAUAAAAAGGCCAAAAAGUUGGAACACCAGCUCAGCCUUUGCACACAGAUCACCAUGCUGGAGAUGAGGAACAGCAUAGCCAGCUCCAGUGACAGUGAAGAUGGGUUGCACCAGUUUCUUCGGGGCACCUCCAGUGUGUCCUCUCUUCAUGUGCCGUCCCCACACCAGCGAGCCUCUGCCAAGAUGAAGCCCAUACAGGAAGGGGUAGAAGAUGACGAUGAAGUCUUUGAACUGGUGUCCCCAAAUACGUUAAAAGUUCAUCAGUUGCCUUGAUCAGAGGGAGAAUCCAAGUUAUCAAGAUGGAAGUUGUCUUGAAGAGAUCCUGAAAAAUACCAGCACUUUUUCAUGGCUUUUACAUUAUUCUGCUUUAGUACAUCCAGACUGGUUGAAUCUGAGGGCAGGAAAUGAGGAAGGGUCAGAGUUGGAAAGAUUAUUUGACCUGUCCUUUAAUUGGUCAGCUUUUUAAGUAAUUAUUUUACUGAGCCUUCUGACUAAACUUCAUUCUAUUUUGAGAUCUAUAUUUUCACAGU